AUGGGCAGUCGUGGUGCUGGUGCUAGUGCUGGUGUGGGUGCUAGUCAACUAGUUUCUCAGAAUCAGACAAAGAGAAAGAGGAUAAGCCAAAGUAAUAGUAGAGGUCCAAUUGAUUUAUAUAUGAAGACAGACCACCAAAAAACUCAACAGGCCACUCUUGAAAGAGACUCAGCUGUGAAAGAGAAGUUAAUGAAGACUGCAUGGAAAUGCAUUUCAGCUUGGAUGACUGAGAAUUCAGUAUCAUUUAACACUGUUCGUUGCCCAAGUUUCAAAGAAAUGAUAUAUGCAAUAGGCGACUAUGGGAAAGCUAUGCCCCCACCAUCUUACCAUCAGAUUCGUACGAAUCUUUUCAAGGACCGGUUAGUAGAAAUGAAGAAAUUUGUUGAUACAUUUAGGGAACAUUGGAAGAGGUUUGGAUGUUCUAUCAUGUCUGAUGGCUGGACAGACGGGAAAAAGCGACAUCUUAUUAACUUUUUGGUGAAUUGUCCGAAAGGGACAGUUUUUUUGAAGUCUGUGGAUGCGUCAAACAGAACCACUGAUGCUGAUUUUAUACGUGGGCUUGUAAAAGAGGUAAUUAACGAUGUUGGGGAAGAAAAUAUAGUUCAGUUCAUUACCGAUAAUGGUUCAAAUUUUAAAAAGGCAGGGAAAGAUUUAAUGCUUGAAUACCCAAAUAUGUUUUGGACUCCUUGUGGUGCUCAUUGUGUUCAGUUGAUGCUAGAAGAACUUGGUGGCAAGCUUCCACGAAUCAAGACAGCCGUCAUUCUAGGUAAGAGACUCGUUACAUAUAUUUAUGCUCAUUUUCAAGUAUUAAGCUUAAUGAGGGAUAUGAUCGGUGGUGAAUUACAUAGGUCUACAAAGACUAGAUUUGCAACUCAGUACUACACACUAGAAAGUCUUGCAAAGUAUAAAACCCAUUUGCAAAUAAUGUUUGUGAAUGAUAAGUGGUUGAAAAUGAGAGUGCUAAAGCCUUUGGUUAAGGUUGUAAGGUUAGUGGAUAUCGAGCGCAAACCUACAAUGCCUUGUUUUUAUGAAGCAAUGAGGAUAGCAAGGGAGAAACUCGAGGAGAAUUUCAGUCAAGAUGAUAGUACUUGGGCUAAAUCAAAAGGGGACUUCAUACAGCAAUGCAAAGGCUUAUUCCCAAUGAAGAAGAUCUUGAGAAAGCUACAACUGAAUUGA